AUGCUGCGAGGGUGCACGUGGCGCCUCGGCGGGCGGGGUCACUCCUUUGUGGACGCCGUAAAGGUGUUGGUUUCCAGCGGUGCUGGCGGUGAUGGGGCGAGUGUCAUGGCGCACGAACACGGCAACGAGUUUGCGGGACCCGGGGGCGGCAACGGCGGCAACGGCGGCAAUGUGAUGUUGCGCUGUCGCAAAGGUGUCGUUGACCUCUCGCACAUCCAAGAAAUGGGGAGUCAAGUCAGUGCGUCGCCGGGCAGCGUCGGCUUUGCUCGCACCGCCCACGGCAAGAAGGGGAGAGAUCUACUGCUGGACCUUCCCGUCGGCACGCAGGUGGUAGAUCUGGACACGAACGAGGUGGUGCACGACGUCGACGAGGAUGGGGUGGAGCUGCUGCUGCUUGAGGGCGGGCAAGGAGGGAAGGGGAACGCGGCGUUCGCGAACAAAUGGCACCACUCCCCCAUGGAGUCCACGCGCGGUCUGCCGGGAAACACAAUGUUAGUGCAAUUUGAACUAAAGACGAUUGCUGAUGUGGGGCUUAUUGGGUACCCCAACGCCGGAAAAUCCUCGUUGCUUGCGGCCAUCAGCACAAGUAAGCCAAUGAUUGCGCCAUACAUGUUCACAACACUUCGCCCCUACGUUGGUGUCAUUCACGAUUUGUACGGAAACACCUGCAGAGUUGCGGAUUUGCCAGGGCUUAUUGAGGGGGCAUAUGAAAAUCGGGGUUUGGGGCACCAGUUUUUGCGCCACGUUGAGCGGACACAGGCGUUGGCGUACGUGGUAGAUAUGUCAGGCUCCUACACACCGGCGGAUGCAGAAGUGCCACCGGAGCCGUGGGAUGUUGUCGAUGCGCUGCGGCGGGAGCUGGAGUACUACAUGCCCUGCCUAAGCAACCGGGCGCUGAUGGUGUUUGCUAACAAGAUGGAUCUGCACACCGACGGCAGCGGGGUGCUGCUGACGGACAAACUUGAGGAGCUGCGAAAGCGAGUGGAGCUGCCGGUGUUUCCCAUUUCCGCGGCGCUUGGCAUCGCACUUGGGACGUGGCACACGGAGGCCGGCUUGACGCCCGCGCUGCAGCUCAUGUGUGAGGAGGUGUUCCGGAAGAAGCGGCAUGAGGAGGGAAUCCGCCGCGCUCAGCGGAGCAGGGAGGCAUUCACGCUGGAUAAGAGCUUUCGCGCAAAGAACAUGGGCGUGUUUGCUGCGGCAGAGGAGGACCGUGAACAUGACGACAGGGAAGGCCUGUCGCUUGUGGAUCAACAGCUUGAUCCCUACGGUUUCAGCGGGUUGGGCGAGGACUCCGACGGCUACCGGAACGCCGCUUCCCGCGGUAAGCUGCACGACUACCGGGACUUAACGAUGAAGGGGCGGUACUGGUCGCUGACGCGGCGCAAAGGCGAGAAGAUGGGCAGCGAGAAGUGGCGGUGA